AUAGUAUAGAAUUUUUAAAUUACAUUCGGCGCCAGAAAGGUUUGGUUGAUACCUUUUUGAAUAAAAUUGAAAUUCCGAUGUUAAUGGACUUUUUCUUAAGAAUAAUACAAACUGAUAAACAAGAAUCACCAACUGGAAUCCUUGAAACAUUACAUCUGCAAAAAUUAAUACCAAAACUUAUAGAUAUUCUAAAACCCCACCCUUCACAAUUUGUCGAAUCCUCUGCUAAUAUCCCAAACCAUGAACUUUUUUUCAAACAAACUGCUGCUACCGAUUUUAUAAAAGCUUUGGUCACUAUUUCCUCUAAUACAGCCUUGGCGGUUGUUUUAGAAACAAAUAUUGGUCCAAACCAAUUAACAAGAGAACUAGUAUCUCCAGAAAUCAUUAAUACUAUGAUUAAUGAUAUUAUGCUAUACAAAGUAUCAUCUUAUGGUUCAACCUUUCAAACAAAUAAACACGGUAUCAAUAAUUGUGUUGGAAUAAUAAUUGAAUUAAUAAGAAAAAACAACUCUGAUUAUGAUCUAAAUUGCGGUUCCUACAGUUCAAUGCUCAAUAAUGAUGGUAAUGGUGGUGGAGAAAUCAAUUCUUAUGUUAUGUAUCAAUGGCUUAAAGAUUUUGACCAGAACCCACCUGGUCCUAGAGACCCAAUAUAUUUAGGAGAUAUGUUGAAAUUGUUCUCAGAGAAUUUGGAUAAAUUUUCAGAAUUAAUGGAGCUCAAGCCUUCAGUGCCCUCUAGAGUUGACAGAAACUCAAAUAUUUUAGGAUUCACAAAGUUCAAAUUUUCGGAGCUAAUUGCAGAACUUUUACAUUGUUCUAAUAUGAUUUUGUUGAAUUCAAGAAGAAUAAAGAGCGUGAUAUCAAUCAGAGAUCGUGUGAGAUUACAACAGAAUGAAAGAUUGAAAGCAGCCUUGGAAGAACCUUUAAUAUCUGCGGAUCAAGAUGCCACAGAUAGCCCCAUUCAGGAUGUUACUAGUGGACUUGAUGACAUUUCAUUAGAUAAUAUACAAAAUGAAACCAGUAAUGAAAAAGCUGAUGACAUAAAAUUGGGAAUUGACGAAAAUGACCAUAAGUAUAUGCUCGAAGCUUUAGAAGACGAAGAGGCUUCAGAUGACGAUGAACCUAGUAUUUCACCUGAGAACCCAUUUGUAUGCGAUGAAAGGGAUAAAAGCAUUAGGUCAAAUCCUUGCGUAGGUGAUUAUUUUAAGACCAAGCUUGUCGAUCUGAAAAUUUUAUCGAGUAUCAUUUCAAAGUUCACCCAAUACCCUUGGCAUAACUUUUUCCACAAUGUUGUCUUUGAUUUAAUACAGCAAAUAUUCAAUGGUAAACUAAAUUCUUACAAUUCUUUCCUUAUUGUUGAUUUAUUCAACAAUUCUCAAUGCAAUUUAACUGAUUUGAUAGCUGACUCGUAUCAAGAUUCAUGUGAUCCAAGACCCGGUUAUAUGGGUCAUCUUAUAUUAAUAAGUGAAGAAGUUGUCAAAUUCACAUCUCUUUAUAAGCCAGACUUAAUCUCUCCUAUAAUUGUCAAUGCUAUUUCUUCAGAAAAGUGGGACUGGUUCGUGAAUGAUAUUCUUUUGAAAACGAGAGAAGUUUACAACGUAGUCUUGGGAGCUGAACAAGAUGACGAGGAUGAAGAGGAUCCUCACCAUGAUAAGCCCGAACGUGACCAUGAUUCUUUUGGAUUUGAUUCUUCUACAGUUGGAUAUCUUGAUUUGGAAUCUUAUGAUCAUAAUAAUGGCAAUAAUAAACACUCAAUCAUCUUAGGAGAUAGAGAUAAUCAUGAUGCAUUUAUAAAUGACGGGCAACAUGAUUUCCAUGAUGGGGAAGAUGACGACCAAAUGGAAGAAGCUAGAGUUCCAGAUGUUAGAAUUGAAAAUAUGUCACCAAACAGAGAGUUAGAAAAUAACGAUAACCUGGAUGAUGAAUUUGAUAGUACAGAAAGAUAUCAUGAGAAUGAUUUUCUUGAAAACUUAUCAGGGUCAAGCUCCUCGGAUGAAGAAAAUGAAGACGAAGAUAAUGACGACGUUAACGACCACGAUCAGAAAAACGAUAGUAACGAAUUACGAAGAGUUCCUAAACAUAACAAUUAGCCUUUCUUCAUAACCUUCUUUCAACAAGAGAUUUCACUAUGGAACAGUAAGAAAAAGAUAAAAAAACAGGAAAAGCAAAUCACAUAGAUUUCCUUUAAGCUUGUUAAUGCUUAAUGUUAAGUAUAAACCAAUCUCCAAUAGCAUAUAAAAGUUAAAUACUUCAAGUCACCACAGUAACUUUGUGAGAGGCUACAUUAAUUUUUAAAUUUAAA